CGGACGUCGCACGACUCCAGUUCCGGCUGCGUCCGUGGGACUGCGCUCCGUCUCCUUGCGCAGGAGAGGGGCUGCGAGAGACGGAGGGAAGGCGGAGCUCCCGCAGGCGGCAGAGGAAGCCAGUGCGCUGAGGGUCGGGGCUCCUGCCUGCUCCCACCUAUACCCAUUGGAACGGAAAAGUUUGCGAAUUGGGCCCCCAAGUUUUGGGGGACCCGGGCUUGCGGCGCGGAGACCCUCGUGGGGAGAAAAAUAGCCCAGAGCUGUGGUGCUGUUGACCGUGCCCUUGUCAUCUCUCGCGUCCGGCCAGCUCCCCUCCAUGGACCUCACGCUCAGCCAGCAGUCGCCGCCCACCGCGGCGCACGGGGACCCCGAAGACCCCGGGGAUGAAGCCGCCGACGGCUCGGACACCGUGGUGCUCAGCCUUUUCCCCUGCACCCCGGAGCCCGGGGACGCCGAGCCCGAGGCCAGCGUCUCCCCGCUGCAGGGCAGCUCCCUGAAGCACUCCACCACGCUCACCAACCGGCAGCGGGGGAACGAGGUCUCGGCGCUGCCCGCCACCCUGGACUCCCUGUCCAUCCACCAGCUUGCCGCCCAGGGGGAGCUGAGCCAGCUGAAGGAACACCUGCGGAAAGGUGACAACCUUGUCAACAAGCCGGACGAGCGCGGCUUCACCCCCCUCAUCUGGGCCUCGGCCUUCGGAGAGAUCGAGACAGUCCGGUUCCUGCUGGACUGGGGGGCUGACCCGCACAUCCUGGCCAAGGAGCGGGAGAGCGCCCUGUCGCUGGCCAGCAUGGGCGGCUACACGGACAUCGUGGGGCUGCUGUUGGAGCGGGACGUGGACAUCAACAUCUACGACUGGAACGGGGGGACGCCGCUGCUGUACGCCGUGCGUGGGAACCACGUGAAGUGCGUCGAGGCCUUACUGGCCCGCGGUGCUGAUCUGACCACCGAGGCCGACUCCGGCUACACCCCGAUGGACCUCGCCGUGGCCUUGGGAUACCGGAAAGCGACCUGGUGCCCGCCGACCCCGAGUGAAGACCAGCGCCGGGCACCCAGACACUCAGGGAACAGACAGCCGGGCAGGGCCGGGACACCCCGCAACUGGUCGGCUCCAAAGGCAGCUCCUGGACAGGCCGCGGCGGGAGGGGAGCCGGGGAGGGGGUACCCCUUCCUGAGAGGAACCAAUAAACCUUCUCCGCAGAGUUCAGCUUGGGCCGUGUUUCCUCGAGGGCUUCCCGGAGGAGGCGGCCACCCCCGAGUUCUCACACCGCCUUCUCCCCCAGCACCCGCAGGUGGUAGAUGA